AUGGCUCUUCAGGAGCCUAGCAACCGAGAGCGCCGCAUGUACUAUUAUGGCCUUCCAAGCGGCCCAAGACUUGUCGCCCGCUCUAGCACCACGCCCUGGUCUCAACCUCGUGAGUGGCCAGAGCGCAAGAAGCUGGGCGUUGCUACAGGCCAUAAAAUCCAGCAACCAUGGAACGAUCUGCAAGGAUCACUUCAGCAGCUCAUCAUCAACACGCUCAGCGGCAUCGACUGGACCGCCAUAGACAUCUUGCGCGUUAGCUACGAAGACACAUAUGAAGAUAAAUGCCCCGUCACCAUGUUGAUUUCCGUAUCCAAGGACUCGACUUCGUUCCGACAGGCAGAAGCAGCAAUCAUCGCGUGCAGGGAUAUUCUCAUCCGGUUCGGGCUCGAUGACGUUGAAGUUGAGAUGAAGGAAAGCAUCGUCAGCACCGCUGCCUCGAGCCCAGGUCCAGCUACCUCAGACCCGAUAACCGGCCAUAAAGCCCCACGCCUCGAUCCCGGCCCUUUCGACAACGACAUAUCCGAUCUCAAGUACAACAUCAAUCGCGACAUCUCAGAGUACAUAGGAACGUCGAUUGCUUCAACUGAUGGGUUUAAACAAGGAACAAAGGGCCUCUAUCUACAAAGCAACAACGGCAAGACAUAUGCACUUACAUGUCGGCAUGUUCUUUUUUCCGACAAUGACUGCAAGGAGUACCGUUACCAAGACGGACAUAAUACUAUCACUAAGGAUGUUAUCCAGCCAAGAAAGAACAUUCUGAGCAACAUAGUAGAAGAAUUCAGGAGCAAGAAGGAAGCACUUGAUCUGACUAUUGAUCUCACUGCAAAGCCAUUGUAUAACACUGUAUCAUACCAGGCGCUGCGUGUCGGUAACUUACGAGAGCAAACCUUGCGACAAUCUUGCCAACCCCGCAUUGAUCAGUUUGACCAGAAGGGCUGCGCUAUCCUUGGUCACGUCGUGUUUUCGCCUCCAAUCGAACUUUGCUCUCAGCGUCUCAGACUCAGGGAUUGGGCGCUUAUCGAACUUAGCCAGGAUAUUUUUACCACGAAGCUCAGCGAGCUCAGAAACAAGGUCCCAGUCACACAAAAGCUCUCACUGAUGCUGGGCGAGGUCAAGGAACUCCUGGCCACAACUGCCCUGCGGCUAGAUUUCACUUAUUCUCUUGAAGUGGCCAUUGGACCACGUAUGGUUCCCGAGAGUGAUCUAGAAGAUGCUCUAUCCAGAACCCCGACCGAAGGUAAGGGUCUUAUUGUUAUAAAGCAUGGCUUUAAAACUGGAUUUACUAUUGGACGCGCUAAUGGGAUCCGUUCUGUUAUCCGCUAUGCCUCUGAAGCCGUUGGAGAGGUCAUCUCUAGUGAAUGGUGUAUUAUUGGGAUAGAUAAAGCUUUCUCUGAGAAAGGGGACUCAGGCGCUUGUAUUUUUGACCUGGAAGGUCGAAUUGGCGGCAUGAUUACCGCAGGAUUGGAAGCUGAGAACAUUACUCGUGGUGGGUAUGACGUCACGUACGCCGCGCCUAUGCAGUGGCUUUUGGACGACAUCAAGCGACAAGACUACGAUAUCAAGCUGCCUAACUAGACCCAUAUCUCUAAUAAGGAG